GUUUAGCACAUACAUUAUAUUGAUACAUAUACAUUCAUUGAUCUAGCCAAAGUUUGGUGACAAUGAGUUCUCAUAAACUCCUCCUUUCUUGUUUUUUGCUGUUUUCCUACUUCAUUUGUGUUGCUCAUGGGCUUGAUACCCUUAGCAGCCACCACAACAACGUCAUGUGUAUUGAGAAAGAAAGAGAAGCUUUGUUGAAAUUCAAAGAGGGCAUUCAAAUCGAUAAUUGCGGGUUGCUGUCUUCUUGGGGAGAUGAUGAUGAUGAUAACAAAAACUGUUGUCAAUGGCGUGGCAUCCGUUGCAACAACCAAACUGGCCAUGUAAUCAAGCUUGACCUUCGUGGGGUUGUCACUUAUUAUUUUAAGGAUCAUUGUUUGCAAGGUAAAGUGAGUUCUUCCCUUGUUGAUUUGAAGCAUUUGAGUUACUUGGACUUGAGCCUCAACAAUUUCCAAGACCAACCAAUCCCUAGUUUUGUUGGUUACCUUGUGAGUUUGAAGUACCUUAACCUAUCCAACGCUGGAUUCAGUGGAGAAAUUCCACACCAGAUUGGAAACCUUUCCCACUUGAUUUCUCUUGAUCUUAGCUAUUACAUUCAUUUUUAUGACAACAUUGAGAAUCUCUAUGUCAAAAACUUAUCGUGGCUCUCAAAUCUAAAAUUGUUAAGUUAUAUUGACUUGAGUUCUGUCAGUCUCAGUAGAGCCAUAGAUUGGCUAAAAAUCGUGAACGACCUCCCAUUCUUAAGGUUUCUUCACUUGGAAAGUUGUAACCUUCCCUCUAGUUCAGUUCCAUUGCAACUUUCAUACAUAAACUCCACAACCACUCUUUCAUAUCUUAAUCUUGCUGAUAAUGGUCUUAAUGAUUCAUCAAUAUUCCAAUGGCUUUUUAAUUUGAGUGGAAUUGAUACUCACCUUGCAUAUCUUGAUCUCAGUAAUAAUCAACUAGAAGGUUCGCUUCCUAAUGAAGUUGGAAAUAUGCAUGCUCUUUCUUAUCUGGACCUUUCCAACAAUAAAUUGCAAGGUCCGAUUCCAAAUACGAUUUCAAACCUACAGUCUCUCCAACAUCUCGACCUCUCAUCAAAUAAUUUCCAGUCCUCGCAAUUGCCUAAAAUACUUGGCAAUUUGUGUCACUUACAAAGUCUCUACUUGAAUAAAAACAACAUCACCGAUGAGUUUCCCAACAUAAUCCAAACACUUACCAGAUGCUCAAACAAGUCAUUAUCAUAUUUAAAUCUGGGUGAGAAUCACAUAUGGGGUCUGAUUCCAGACGCGAUUGGCGCAUUUCCAUCAUUAAAACAAUUAUGUCUUAAUAAUAAUCGUUUGAAUGGAACCAUCAGUCCUCGUUUGGGGCAACUGUCAAUGCUCGAUCGCUUGGAUCUUUCUUCUAACUCUCUGCAUGGUACACUCUCUAGCAGCCACUUCUCAGAACUUUCAAGAUUACAAUACUUGGACCUUUCAGGUAAUUCAGCACUGGUGCUCGAUAUUGAUGAUGAUUGGACUCCUCCAUUCCAGUUGGAUACUAUUAGACUAACAUCCUGCAGAUUGGGACCGAUCUUUCCAAAUUGGCUUGUGAGCCAAAAAAAUUAUUCGAUUCUUGAUAUUUCUGGUGCUGGAAUUUCCGACAGCAUUCCGAGUUCUUUUACAUUAUCUUCAAAGCUCACUUAUCUGAGGAUGUCUCAAAAUAUGAUUUAUGGGACGCUUUCAGAUUUGGAAAUACCAAUCACAACGAGCCUUGAGUCUUUGAAUGGGGUUGUUAUAGAUAUGAGCUUCAACCAUAUUGAAGGUGCAAUACCAACAUUUCCAACAACCCUUACUUCAUUAAGCUUGAAUAAUAAUAAGUUUUCUGAUCCCACCCUCUUUUUGUGUCCUAAGGUGAAAGUAAGUCUAUACAAUCUUGAUCUUUCAAAUAACUUGUUGUCCGGAAAACUUCCUGAUUGCUGGAUGAAUUUUGACCAAUUGUCUUUUAUCCAUUUAGAAAACAAUAAUUUUUCUGGUGUUAUACCACCUUCCAUUAGGUAUUUGAAGAAAUUGGAGACGUUGCACUUGCGCAACAAUAGGUUUUCGGGAGAACUUCCAAGAUCAUUAGAGGAUUGCACAUCCCUGGUUUUUCUUGAUCUUGCUCAUAAUUCAUUUAGUGGACGUAUAUUGCCAGGCAUUGGGACUAAUCAAAAAAGCCUCAGUUUUCUAAGCCUUGGAAGCAAUAAUUUCGUUGGAGAAAUACCUUUGAGCCUUUGUCAACUACCCUUUCUUCAAAUCUUGGAUCUCGCUGUCAACCAAAUUUCUGGAACCAUUCCAAAUUGCAUUUGUAAUCUUAAAGCAAUGCAAGAUACAUCAAAUAUGCUUCCAACAUUGCAAUACUCUAUCACUGACCAUAGUUCUAGUACCGUUGUCGUUGGUUUAUACAGUGAUGCUGCGCCGAUUAUGUGGAAAGAUGCAGAAAGGAUCUUUGGGAAGUUUAUAGGACUAGUAAAGCUCAUUGAUCUUUCACACAAUAAGUUGAAAGGCAAAAUUCCCACAAAAAUCUCAGCUCUGCAAGGUCUUGUCUCCUUGAACUUAUCAAGAAACAGUUUGGUUGGAAACAUCACACCGGAAAUUGGACAAUUGACAGGUUUAGAAGUUCUCGAUUUGUCAAACAACCACCUCUCUGGUGAAAUCCCUGCAAGCAUCACUGCUUUGAGUUCUCUCAGCAACUUGGAUUUGUCAGACAACCACUUCUCUGGAGAAAUUCCGAAGGGCACUCAACUUCAAGGCUUCAAUGCUUCAGUAUAUGCUGGAAAUCCUCAACUUUGUGGAGCUCCUCUCUCGAAUUGCUCUUGGGAUCAACCACACCACAACUCGAGAGGGGGAGAUAAUACUGCUCCCCAGGAUGACACUGAUGAUGACAAGAUGUUUUUUCUGGGGUUGUAUGUAAGUGUUGUGCUCGGAUUUAUCAUAGGAUUUUGGGGAGUUUGUGGAACAUUGGUGCUGAAGAGAUCUUGGAGGCAUGCCUUUUUUCAGUUCUUUGAUGACAUGAAAGAUAGGCUUUAUGUCAUGGUCUUAUUGAGCAUUGCUAAAUUUAAAAGGAGGCUUUAAAUCCACUGGCUGAGAUUCGGUGCUAGAGGAAUCGACUUAUUUUGCUUACGGCCUACCUAUGUGCUAGGGAGCACAGAAUCAGAAGUCCUCUGUUCAGAUUCUUGCUUUAGAUGCUCUUAGCAUUGCUAAGUCCUCUCUGUACUUUCUCGUUCUGUCCUAGAUUAUGUAAUAGAGCUGCACAUUUCAUUGCUAAGUCCUCUCUCGCUUACAAUGAACUGAGAUGUUAGUCAUGUAAUCCUUGCUGACAAGCUAAGGAGAGUUUAUCUUAAUAAAAUCUGUCCUGUUUUAUCGAAUUUUGAGGUGUCUUUGG